GAGAUUUCUCCAUACUUCUCCCAAACUGUAGUUUCUGGUGUUUUAGGUCUCACCAAAAAAGGCUUUCUCUGCUGCUUUCUUCGUUGCUUUGCUUUGCUUUGCUUCUUCUUCAGUUUUCUUCUAAUCUUUUCUGCUUACUAGAAAAAAAAAACCGUAUUCCAUUUCUGUUGAUUCCGAUCUCCUCAUUGCCGGAAACUAUGAGUUCUCCGACUGGUCUCUGGUGAACUCUUUUUUUCAUGCAUGAUCGUUGCUUUCAGAGUUCUCAUCCUCCAUGGCUACCUCUCAAGGUUUUGGCGCCAACGGGUUCGUUUUGGUGAGGAUUCUGAAUAAAGGAAUUUUCUUUUAAGUUCUUUCGAAGAAGCCGUCUCUUCUCUCUGUUACGUCGUAAAUAGUUAUCAUCAGGUUUUGUGGAGUUCAAAAACGGCUUUGCUAUUUGGAGUAUUGGAUGUCAAAAGAAAUGAAAGGAGGUUUGUGUUUUAUCCAUUGCUCGUUGGAGAGGAUUUGAAGCAGCACUACCGCUGCCCAGGUCCUGUCAAUGGACACAUACUCCUCUGGAGAAGAACUCGUUAUUAAGACUAGGAAGCCUUAUACUAUUACAAAACAACGUGAAAGAUGGACCGAAGAGGAGCAUAAUAGGUUCCUAGAGGCCUUGAAGCUCUAUGGACGAGCUUGGCAACGCAUUGAAGAACACAUAGGAACAAAGACUGCUGUGCAGAUCAGGAGUCAUGCUCAAAAGUUCUUUUCAAAGGUCAAUUGGUGCCUUCUUGCUUAUGCUUAUAUUCAAUUUGGAGAAGGAGGCACUCGCAAAAGGUGUUCCAAUAGGUCAAGCUCUUGACAUAGAAAUUCCACCUCCACGCCCUAAAAGAAAACCAAGCAACCCUUAUCCUCGAAAGAUAGGUGCUGCUACCACAGCACAGGUUGGAGCAAAGGAUGGAAAAUCUGAAACACCAUUAUCUUCUUUGCGUUGCAAACAAGUAUUGGACUUGGAGAAAGAACCACUUCCAGAGAGACCUAAUGGAGAUGAAAAGCCUAUAAAUCUGAAAGACAAUCAAGAUGAUAGUUGCUCUGAGGUUUUUACCCUUCUCCAUGAAGCAAACUGCUCUUCUGUGUCUUCCGUGAACAAGAAUUCUAUACCAACAUCAGCAGCACUCAGAAACUCUUGCACUUUUAGGGAGUUUGUACCUUCACUAAAAGAGACAAUUCAGGAUAAUGGUACAAGUAAGGCUUCAAACUUGGAUAAUUCUUGCACUUCACAUGAGAAAGCAGCUCAAGGCCAGAAAAAAGAUGAUGUGGGUGGUGGUUUACGUGCAGAUGAGACGCAAGCCACUCAAAAUUAUCCUAGGCAUGUUGCUGUGCAUGUCUUAGAUGGAAGCCUGGGAACAGGUGCUCAAAAUCCUUCCCUGGAUAUGCCAUUUCAGGAUUCUGUAUUUCACCCUAUGGGAGAUGUUCAUGGACAAACUAACCUGUUUGCAAAUCCAGCUGCAUCUGCUACUACUGAACAUCAGAAUAAUGCACCAAGAUCUACUCAUCAGGCAUUUCCAACUUUUCAUCCUCCCUUUACACAUGUUUGCCCCAAUCCAGAGGACUAUCGAUCAUUUCUACAUGUCUCCUCCACUUUUUCCAGUCUCAUUGCAUCUACUUUGUUACAGAAUCCGGCUGCUCAUGCUGCAGCAAGCUUUGCCGCUACAUUUUGGCCAUAUGCAAAUGUUGAUAGUUCUGCUGAUUCUCCUGCAUGCAGCCAAGGAGGUUUUCCAUCUAGACAAAUGAACCCUGCUCCAAGUAUGGCUGCUAUUGCUGCUGCAACUGUAGCAGCUGCCACUGCAUGGUGGGCUGCCCAUGGACUGCUUCCUUUAUGUGCUCCUCUGCACACUGGCUUUACCUGUGCUCUUGCAUCCGCUGCUGCAGUUCCUCCAAUGGAUAAUGAGCAAGCUCCAGCUACAAAGAUGGAAAGAAAAGAUAAUAAUGAUCAAGAUCUAUCCAUGCAGGAUCAACAACUGGACCCUGAAUACUCUGAAGCUUUGCAAGCUCAACAUUCAGCAUCUAAAUCACCUACUUCAUCAUCAUCAGACUCUGAAGCGUGUGGAGAUGCAAAAGUAAAUACUGGAGUGAAAGCAGCCGAUGAUGAGAAGGCAGCAGCAGUAACUGAGCCUCAGGAUGCAAAUAAAACAAAAAACAGAAAACAAGUUGAUCGGUCCUCAUGUGGUUCCAAUACACCUUCAAGUAGUGAGGUGGAGACCGAUGCGUUAGAAAAAUAUGAGAAAGACAAGGAAGAUGCAAAAGGAGCUGAUGCAAAUCAUCCACAAGUUGAGUGUUGUAAUCGUCGUGGUAGAAGCUGUAGCAACCCGAGUGAUUCUUGGAAGGAAGUGUCUGAAGGGUAUCUUUUUGGUCAGGGGCGACUGGCUUUUCAAGCCCUCUUCUCCCGGGAGGUACUGCCACAAAGCUUUUCUCCUCCACACGACGGCAAGAACAAGGGGCAGCAAAAGGACAAUGUAGAGGAUGACAAACAAAAUUCAGAUGAGAAAGACGGAGCUACAUCAGCUUUAGACCUCAACAGCCAGACAGUGCGAUCUUGUUCUUACCGUCAAGGGGUUGAGAAAAAUGGUUUGUCAAGAGGUGAGGACAUUGUGGGAGAGGGCCUGCUGACAAUUGGACUGGAACAUGCAAAGCUUAAGGCCCGCCGAACAGGAUUUAAACCGUACAAAAGGUGUUCUGUGGAAGCCAAGGAAAACAAAGUGAUGAACGCCGGCAGUCAAGGUGAAGAGAAAGGUCCCAAGAGGAUACGCUUGGAAGGGGAAGCUUCAACUUGACUUGCGCUAUUGCAUGCAAUUAACCAAGGAAAUAUGUUGUUGCGUGCAAUUUCUAAUUGUCCCCCCUUAUCUUAUUUCCUUUCAUGUUUAAUUUUAAGACUUGCAGCUCACGAGACUUUUCGUGUAGGUGUGUGUACUAUAUGUCUACAUUGACUUAUUUACUUUCCUGGACCAUGCACAACUGCAGUUAAAAACUCCUUUGAAAUAGACUUAGAUAAGAAGCAUUAAGUAAUGAAUGGCCCUUGAUUUGGCCUCUUUUCUCCAAA